UUUUAGAAAUAAACGUUCUUUUACAAUGUAUCUUCUUCAAAUGUAAUGGCGAAACAAAGCAUUUGUACAGCUUGUAAUUAACAAGCAUUUGUACAACAACCACAAAUCAUAUGGUGCAAUCCUCCAUCUUGUCACCUAUCUGUGUGCGAACAUGAGCAGAGAAUAUGCGAGAAAGAAAAAAACAGCAAAGAGAAUGUGAACAAAAAUCUGAAAUCUUAAUACCGUCAAAGCUGGCCGGAUGUUAGCAGCUUGAGACCACCUUCUUUGAUCCGUCUUGCUCAAAUGUGUUUUAUAUUUGUAUUUUUAUCAUUAUUACACGUGUUUGUUGCUUCUGUGUGGAAUACCGGGUCCAAUAAAACAUCUUUUAAAGAUUCUAGGGAAAAUUCACAGCUAUAUUAACAAUCAAAACAAUAAUAAAAAAAUUUUACUCAGCUGUUCGCAAGACCUGACCUUAUAAGUGCUUCCUGGGUCUAUCUUCUAACUUGCUGAAAAAACGCGUAUAGAAUAGAUAAGUAACCGUUUGCAGCGAAAUAUCAUUCCCUAUUGAUUAACUCACUUUGCUAAAGAAAGAAGAGGAAUCAAAUUAUUUUGUUUUGCAAUUUGUAGAAAAAUAAAACUACUUUGAUGGUCAUAAACAUUUUAAAACAAAUAAGUAGUUUGAGUCAAAGUGAUAUUUUAAUAAAGUUGGAUUUAUCAAAUGAAGUUGUGUAGAAAAAUUGGAAUAUUUCCGACAAAAUAAUAUCGUCCCUUCCAAAAAGGCUAAUUUGUACAACACAGGAAGUGAUGAGAGUUUAGGAGCCUGAUUCUGCCUUCAUCGCAUCACUUGGAAUUUAAACCGUUUUCUGUUUAUUUUUUACAGAAAGAAGCGAGUUUUAUUGACUGCUUGUGCUAUUGUUAAACAUGUCAAAUAGCGAUUCUGAAAAUACGGAAAAUGAGGAAAAAUCAUCAAAAGCAAAAAAAUUCCAUCUGAAAAAAAUCGAUAAAAUCAAAGACAUGCAUGUGGACCAAUUGCACGAGUACAUUGAAAACCUCCAUUCCUUAAUUAAACAGCACGAGAAAAGGCUCAAGAAAUACAAAGAGAAAAUUCGCAAAUUGUUGCAACAGCAAAUUGAAAGUAAAAAGGAAGUCCCUGAGAACCAGAGCAAAACACCUUCCGCCUCCAAAGACAUAGAAAACAGUUCAAAUCAGAAUCAGGAAUCGAAUGAGACAGAUGGCAUUUCCGCUGUGGAUGCAUUCAGUUUUGUCAAUGAAAUGCGACAGGCCGCGCAACAGGCUGAAAACAUUAGCAAUUUUGUCUACGAACCAACUUCGGGAUUGUACUACGACAAAAAAUCGGGCUAUUAUUACAAUGCGGAAUAUGGCCUAUACUAUGAUGGGAAUACGGGUUGCUACUACAACUACAACCAAGAGAAGAAUUGCUAUGAAUUUCAUUCGCAAGUUCAAGUGCAGGCAUCUUCAAAGACAACAACUGGUGCCAAACAAGAAGACUACAAUGAGACACACGAUGGUCAGUUGGAUGACAAUGAUGAUGAUGAUGACGCUGGUGAAGUAAUAUUUGAUGAGUUUGGUGUAGUUACGGAUCGCGAAAAACUUAAACGCUUGCGUCAAGAAAAGGAACGUGAACGCAUGGACAAAACGAAUAAACACAAAAAGAAAACAUCCCAUGCUCGGGAAGAUGAGAAAGUGUCCAAGCGCAAAUCACAUAAGAAACGAAAACGUUCGAAAAAGGAAAAAUCCCAUUCACAUAGUGAUUCGGACGAUAAUGCUGAAAAGAAAAGAAGGGAAUCCAAAGGCAAUAUCGAAGAGGGGGAAAUUUCUUCUUCAAGUACAAGUAGUUCUUCGCAUUCGUCGGAAAGUGAAUCGGAAGAAAUGCGUAAGGUUCAAAUUUUCAAAAGUGUUGGACGUUUUCAAGACAUUGCCAAAAAGUAUCCUCCAUCUUUGAGAAUUGUGGUCCAGGAAUCUAGUUUGGAAGGUCUUAAAGUUGGGAGCCUCAGUUUAAUAACCUUCAAAGGAGGUUCCUUGGGACGAGAAGGAAAUCACGACGUCAUUAUACCGGAUGUAAACGUUUCAAAGUUCCACCUGAAAUUUACAUAUGACACGAAAAGACAACUUUACAAAUGUAUCGAUUUGGGAUCACGCAACGGUACCAUAUUGAAUGGUAUGCGAAUGUCAGUUUCGAAAACGGAGAGCGAAGCAUACGACUUGGUUCAUGGCAGUGUCUUACAAAUCGGACAAACAAAGCUUUUGUGCCAUAUACACGAGGGUAAUAGCACGUGUGGCCUUUGCGAGCCCGGCCUUCUUAUCGAAGCACCCCGAGAAGUGACCCCAGGUACGGCGCUAUCUCACAAGGAACAACUGAAAAAACUUCAAAAGAAGUAUGGUCUGAAAAAUGAAAAAUUCAUUGAUGGUCAACAGAGUACAGUGGGCGGAGGUAGUUAUCAGGACCGAGCAGCAUCCAGACGUCUAGAAGUUGGCAGCAGUUCAGACAAGGAGAAAACUCAAUUUGCUUCUGUGGACACGUAUAACUACCAUAAAACGAACGUCUGUACCCUAAUAUUUUAUUGGAUCACAUAUGACUUUUAUUGCAGGGCUAUAUCGAGUGAUAACAAAGGUUUCAAAAUGCUCUCAAAACUGGGAUGGAGUAAGGGCGAAUCAUUGGGCAAAACGCAGGCAGGGGGUCUCUUGGAACCGAUCAACGUAGAAUCAAACAUCGGUACCAAAGGCUUGGGUUGUGAUGAUCCAUCCGCCAGUAUAACAUUAGCACCAUCCGUAAAAAGGAAAAUGGAACUGAUGCAAAAGACUAAAGAACGGUAUCAAAAAGCUGAUAUAUUCAGCAUUAGUGAUGAUAGCAAUUAGAUAAACUGACUCAUAAAAUUAUAGGCAUUUUUACAUAAAUAUGUAGCUGAUUGCACCUGAACUAAUGAACAAUGAAAUCACAAUAAACAACGGUUAUAUUAAACUUUUUCAUUACCGAGCAUUAAUUAAA